UUUGGGGUGCAAAGUAAUGCGAACAGGAGCUCAGAGUGUGCAACAGGCCCUCACUCUAGAGGCAGCCUCAGUGCUGAAACAGUCUUUGAGUUUGGCUAGAAGAAGAGGCCAUGCUCAAGUGACUCCUCUUCAUGUUGCUGCAACUUUGCUUAGUUUCUCUCCUUCUUCUUCUUCUUGUUUUCCUUCUCCUAAUGUUCUGAGAAGAGCUUGUCUUAAGUCACAUCCUCAUCAUCCUUCUUCUCAUCCACUUCAGUGUAGAGCUCUUGAGCUUUGUUUCAAUGUGGCUCUCAAUAGAUUACCUACCAUUCCUCCUCCUUCUUCUGGUCCUUUAACUCAUCCUCACCCUUCUCUUUCCAAUGCUCUCAUUGCUGCUCUUAAGAGAGCUCAAGCUCAUCAGAGGAGAGGCUCCAUUGAACAACAGCAACAACAACCACAACAAUCACAACAGCAGCAGCAGCAGCAGCAGCAACAACAACAACAACAACAACAACCUCUUUUGGCUAUUAAAGUUGAGUUGGAGCAGCUCAUUAUCUCCAUUUUAGAUGACCCAAGUGUCAGUAGAGUGAUGAGAGAAGCUGGAUUCUCUAGUACUUGUGUCAAAGCUAAUAUUGAAGAAUACUCAUUAUCAUCAUCAUCUUCUUCUUCUUCUUCUUCUCCUUGCUCUUCUUCUUCUUCUUCUUCCUGUCAUAGAGAGUUCAUUAACCAAGUCUUGAAACCAUCUCAGAAGGAGGAUUUGAAGGUGGUUUUUGAGGUGAUGCUUAGAAAGCAAGGAAAGAGGAACAACACUGUUGUGGUUGGUGACUCUCUUGCAAGCACUGAAGGACUUGUCACUGAGUUGAUUUGCAGAAUAGAGAGAGGUGUUGAUAUUCCUGAUGAACUUAAGUGCUGUCAUGCUCUCAGGUUCCAUCUCUCUUCACUUCAUCUCAGGCUCAUGUCCAAAACUGAGAUUGAAAUCAAAGUCUCUGAACUAAAGAAGAAGAUUUCAUUCUUAGCCGAUGGCAGCAGUGGUGUGAUUGUUUAUGUUGGUGAUUUGAAAUGGGUGGUUAAUGAGGAGAUUGAGGUUUUAGGAUUUAAGCCAGUGGAGUUCAUGGUUGCAGAACUGCAGAGAUUGUUGAUAGAGCUUAAGAGCUUCAAAGUUUGGUUAAUGGCCACUGCUAAUUACCAGACUUAUAUCAAGUGCCAAACAAGGCAACCUUCACUUGAAAAUCAAUGGAGUCUUCAAGCUGUUGUUGUUCCUUCUGGUGGUCUUGCAUUGAGUCUUCAAGCUUCAAGUGUGAAGGAAGAACAAGAAAAACUCAUUUGCUGUCCUGAGUGCACUCUCAACUAUGAAAAAGAAGCUUCACUUUACAAGCAUAAUAACAACAGCAACAUGAAUGAAACCAGUUUGCCAUCUUGGUUGCAGAUUCAAAGAUUAGAUUACAAUCAAAAGGAUACAUUGGUUGAAUUGAAGAGGAAAUGGAGUAGAUUGUGUCAGAGUCUUCAUCACAGCAGAAAUAAGCAGAUACAUUUGUAUCCUCCAUUGUUUAGUUCAUCAAAUCCAUGGUGGCUAAGCAACUCAGUAACUUAUCAGACGCCGGAUCGAUCAAUCAAUUCUGCGAAGCAGUGGUUGUCGGAAUUGAGUUUAAGUUCACUAAAGAAGUGUGCUAAUACGGAUGUCCGAACUACGCUUGCUCUCAGCAAUCCUCUCAUUUCUGAUUCAGCUACUUCCAAGGACUCAUUAAUUCAAGGAAUGGAUGAUGAUCGAAAACAAGAAUUACGUCGAAGAUUAGAAGAGAACAUCUCCUGCCACUCUGAGAUUAUUCCUUCCAUCAUAGAUGCUCUGCUAGAUUGUGUAUCGACCACCACGAAGAAAGGAGCUUGUUUAUUGAUAGAAGGGAGUGAUCACAUUGCUAAACAAAGAAUAGAACGAGUACUCGCUGAUUGGUUCGGUGGCUUCUCCGAUAGGAUUAUUGUCAAGAUGAACAUGAAAGUAUCAGCAAUGAGCGAAAAUGAAUUCAUCGAUGGCGUGAUUGGAGCCCUGUCAAAACAUCCGAAAUGCGUGUUCUUCCUUGAUGGCAUUGAUCAAACACAAGCUAAUUUGACAAAAUCACUCUCACAAAUUGGAAGGAAAGUCAAUCUAGCAAAUGCCAUCUUUGUACUAAUCACUGCCUCUGAUGGAGAUUCAGCAAUGAAUGUGCUCAAGAUGAAGCUUUGCACCAAAGAGAACAAUGAGCUAAAGAGGAAGCAAGAACUCCAAUUUCCGAACAAAUCAAAGCGAGUAAAGAUUGGCGGCGAGAGUGAGCUAAAACUCGAUCUAAACAUUAGCGCGGAGGAUGAACAAGACGUGCCAAGUGACUUAACACAAGAGACCGAUAACGAUAACGACAACGGAGACAUCGAUAUGCCGCGCAUAACUCUAAAUUCCGACCCUGCCAAAGACCAACAGUUAUCGGAAAAGCUCAUGUCGAAGCUCCGGCGAGCGUUCAAAGAAAUCCAGGAGGCGACCGGGGAGUUUUCGGUGGAUAGUAACACAGUGAAAUGCAUGGUGAAAGCAUGUGGGACAUUUACAGAGCAAGUGUUUGAUGAAUGGGUGAAACAAGUAUUUCAAACAAGUUUGUUGACAGUUAAAAAGGGCGGGAAUGUUUGGUUGUGUUUGGAUAGUAACAAAGAGGGAGAUGUUAUUGGGGUGGUUGGUUUUCAAGGAUCAUGUCUUCCUAAAUCUAUCUAUGUAGAUUAAUUAGUAUAUCUUUUUUUUUUUUUUAAUCUUUUCUUCUUCUUUUUUUGUUUUAAUUUUAAAUUUUAUCUCUAAGUUGGGUAUGUAAAAAAGGAUGGAUCAAUGUUAGAAUUUUAUGGUGCAUAACUUUUUUGUUGUGGUAUUCUUAGA